AUGGUGAACAGCUUUGUCGGCACUUCUGACCUGACCCUCGUUGAGGCUCCGGUCACUUGGCGCGCCUAUCUGAUCUGUGGCUUCGCCAGCUUCGGUGGUAUCCUCUUCGGUUAUGACUCUGGAUACAUCUCUGGUGUCCUUGGCAUGGACUAUGUCAAAGAGCACCUUGGUCACGCUGUUCCCAAGGAUAAAGAUAACCCUACUGGUUUUGUCAUCCCCACCUCUCGCAAGUCUCUGAUCACCUCCAUUCUGUCCGCCGGUACCUUCUUCGGUGCUCUGUUCGGCGGUGCCUUUGCCGAGUGGCUAGGUCGCCGUUUUACUAUCAUGCUUGCUUGUCUGAUCUUCUCCGUUGGUGUUGCCGUCCAAGUUGGCACCACCAGCGUCGGUGGUCUCGUUGCAGGCCGUCUCGUCGCCGGUCUAGGCGUCGGCGGUGUCUCCUCUGUCGUGAUUCUGUAUGUCUCGGAGAUCAGUCCCCGCCGCGUUCGUGGCCUUCUGGUGUCCGCCUAUCAGUGGGCCAUCACCAUUGGUCUCCUCGUUGCAUCCGGCGUCGAUCAAGGUUGCAAGAAUCGCACUACCAGCUCUUCGUAUCGGAUUCCUAUCGGCUUGCAAUUCAUCUGGGCUUUCAUUCUCGCCGCAGGUCUCUUCUUCCUACCUGAGUCUCCUCGCUGGUAUGUCAGCCGCAAUCGAAUGGAUGAUGCCCUCGCUGCUCUUGAGCGAGUCCGCGGUCAAUCUGGCACUCACCCCGCCAUCCAGGCAGAGUUGGCGGAGAUCAAAGCAAACUAUGACUAUGAGAUGCGGGUUGGAAGUAACUCGUGGGCCGACUGUUUACAAGGGGGUCUCAAGCCCCAGGGCAAUCUACGUCGUGUCCUUGCUGGUGUGUUCUUGCAGAUGUUCCAGCAAUGGACUGGCAUCAACUUCAUCUUCUAUUACGGAACCACCUUCUUUCAACAGAUUGGCAUCAGCAAUGCCUUUCUGAUCUCGGUCAUCACCAACGUCGUCAACGUGGUGACAACCCCUGCCUCGUUCUACAUGGUUGAGAAAUUCGGAAGGCGCAGCCUUCUCAUCUGGGGCGCCGUCGUCAUGUGUGUCUGCGAAUUCAUCGUCGCAAUCGUCGGUGUCAGCCUCCCUGCCGAGGCUCGCGCAGCUAACAUCUGUCUCAUCGUCUUCGUGUGCUUCUACAUCGCCGCCUUUGCCACAACCUGGGGACCUGCCGCUUGGGUAGUCAUUGGAGAGAUCUAUCCUCUCCCAAUCCGAGCCAAGGGUGUCGCCCUCGCUACAGCCUCGAACUGGCUAUGGAACUGCGUCAUCGCCGUCAUCACACCCUACCUCGUUGACAUGGACUAUGGAAACCUCAAGUCGAAGGUUUUCUUCGUAUGGGGUAGCGCCCUUUUCCUCUGCCUUUUGUUCGCCUACUUCGUCAUUCCUGAGACAAAGGGUCUCACUCUGGAACAGGUCGACAGAAUGCUGGAAGAGACUAGCCCCCGGACCAGCGCCAAGUGGGUUCCUCACGAGACCUUUGCGCAUGAGAUGGGUAUGGUAGAAUUCGGACCUAGCGUCGAGGAACCAAAGUCUACUGUCUUUAUGGAGCAUGCCGACGAAACUCCUGUGGAGCCUCACCCUGGUGUUCGUCCUCUCGGCCAUCGCGCCACUGGGGUUUAG